AUGGAAUGCCCCUCCCUUUUGGAUUAUGCAGCAGGUGUGACCAAGGGGAAUCCCAAAUGGAUCCAAUCUGUGCCCAUCUGGGACCACUCACCCUGGAUAGAGACUCAAGAAGGAUAUCAACUAUUAAACAAUAAGGAAGGACCACGCCUUAUCACCUCCCACCUUCCUUUCCAUCUUUUCCCCAAGACUUUCUUCAGAUCCAAGUGCAAGGUGAUCUAUGUCAUCAGAAAUCCCAGAGAUGUUCUUGUUUCUGGUUAUUUUUUCCAUCGAAACACAAACCUUAUUGAUAAUCCAGAAUCACUAGGAACUUACAUUGAAUGGUUCCUCAAUGGAAAUGGUGGUCCCUCCUCGAGACCCUCGAAUAACCUGGCCUGCUGGACGGGUCAAGUGGUGCCCGAACGUGGGGCUCGAGGCACGGCGGCUCACUACUGGACGGCAAAGAGAAAACGUGGUCUGGCCAGACUCACUAGGGUAGAGGUGCCCCAACAGCAUCACUCGUGCGCCGCGGGCAGCCUUGAGGUAAGUGCCGUUCAUCAAUCAAUGGGUAAAGCACUCUCUAAAGAGGCUCUCUUCAUUUAGGAAAUGAAGAUUUCAGGGAGAGGGGAAUAAGAGUCAAAAA